CGUGACAUCAUUUGUCGUACCGAUUUAGGUGUGACUUUUAAGAAAUGUUACCAAAAUCAAGCUAAACUCUACAGAUCACAUAACAUCAAGUUCCUUAGCAACAAUUCUGUAAUUGCAAAGAACCAAAAAUGAGAGCAUACAGCUUUGAUUAAAUAGCUUUUAACUAAUCAGCAAAUUUCCCUUCCAAAAAUCAUUACUAAUUUGCUAUGUUUCAAAGUUCUUAUCCAGCAUCAUGGUUCAUCAGCAGCCAACUUCCCAAAACUCCAUUCCUUUUUACGUACAGCGAUUUUUCAUUACUCUCGGUCGACCAUCUCACAGCUUUUAUGCCACUACCUCAGCAUCAUCCACUGUUCGGGACGUCACAAUUGGCAUUUGAUGUUCCUCACAUGAAAAGAAUUCCAGUCAACAGCUUAAUGCAGAAUGUAGACACAAUGAACAGUUACCUGCCUUUCUUUAGAAGACGGAAUGUUAACCAGUCUUCCUUAGAUAGGCAAUGUUCAAAAGAAAGCUUAACUGAAUCCUUGCAGACAGACAGUGGAGUGUCUAGUUCAAGAUCUUCAACUCCUUCGUCUGUUGAAACUUCUGAAAGCAAUGAUGUUAAGAGCAGGAUUUCUCCUCCUGGCACAACAGCAGCAAAUAUGAAUGGCUUUCGGAAGAACACAGAUCGUGGCAAAUGUUUCCAUGGACAGAAUUUUCGCCAGUUUCAACACAAUCAAAAACAAACAUCCAAUACAAGGAACUCAAGCAUUCCAAAAAGAUAUCUUAAAAGUGCUAAAGAUGAAUGGUUUAAGUGCUCUGUAGAUAUUUGGGAACAUUAUCUUAAAACUAAACAAAAAGAUGACAUGUACUUUAAGAAAAUGGCUCUUCGAAGUGCUGUGCACUCGCUUUUGUGUCAAAUAUUUCCACACUGUGGCUUAAGAGUUGUUGGAUCAUCUGUUAAUGGCUUGGGUACUAAUAAUAGUGAUGUUGACAUGUGUCUAGUCCUUUCCCCUGCAGAGAUAGAUCAACAAACUGAAGCUACCAAUCUACUUAAAUAUGCUCAAAAGUUGUUGCUGCGUUGUCCUUUCAUCAAGACUACAGAUCUGAUUGCUGCCAAGGUUCCCAUUUUGAAAUUUACAGAUAUACACCACAACAUUCAAGUUGACCUAAAUAUAAACAACACAGUUGGAAUUGCUAACACUCAACUUCUUACUGCUUAUGGUAAAGUGGAUUGGAGAGUUCCCCCUUUGGUACUAGUCAUAAAGAAAUGGGCCCAAGACUGCCAAAUAAAUAAUGCCAAAGAAAUGACCCUUUCUAGUUAUUCCUUAGUACUCAUGGUUAUUCAUUAUUUGCAAUGUGGCUGUGAACCAGCAGUCCUACCUUGUUUACAGAGGAUGCAGCCACAAAGGUAUGAGCCUGCUGACUGCUGGAAAAGUCUCAUUCCAUAUGGGGAACAAAUAAAUUUCCAUUCUAAAAAUACUCAGUCACUAGGAAGUCUAUUGAAUGGAUUUUUCGACUACUAUACAAAUAAAUUUGACUUUUCGAGAGAUGUCAUUUCUGUCCGAUUGGGUUGCAAGUUGCCAAAACAAGUUGCUAUGAAUUAUAGGUCCACAAAGAACAAAAGAGGACAUUGGAAGUUUAUAUGCAUAGAAGAGCCAUUCAACAGAACAAACACAGCUUGUGCAGUAUAUGAUCAGGAUUCAUUCAGCAGAAUUACCAGUGCUUUUAGAAGUACCUGGCUCCAACUGAAUCUGAGGAAAGAACUGUGUUCUAUUCUUAUUUCAUAAAUUUGCACUUUUUAAAAAUAGAAAAAAAAAGGGUCGCAUUCUAGAAAACCCAAAUGCUGCUUUUGAUUCUUUGAAUUUAGUUUUCACUACACAGUGAAGCUUUUCAAUUUAAAUGAUAAAAAAGUAAAAAAAAAUAAAUAAAAUGUUCAAAAAAUAUUACAAAAAAAAAAAA